AUGGCAUCUGCAAUUGACUCAAGCUCCGUAAAAGUAUACACAGUUAAUGGCGCCCCUUCUGCUUCGUCAUCCGCACUACCUGACUGGCUCACCCGCAAGCGCCAACAAAACGGUAGCAAGCGCACACGCACAGAGCACAUCGAGGGCACAAUCGAGCUCGUCCAGCACUUCGAGUUUCCUGAGGCUAGCAACCGGAUACGCACGACUAGAGAUGGACACUUUGCGGUAGCGACGGGGACAUAUAAACCUCAGAUGAGGGUGUUUGAUUUGGAUCAGCUCGCCCUCAAGUUUGAGAGGCAUUCAGAGGCGGAGAAUGUCGAUUUCUUGAUUCUAUCGGACGACUGGACGAAAACCGCGCACCUUCAAAGUGAUCGCACAAUUGAGCUGCAUAACCAAUCGGGCUUUUACUACCGAACACGCAUACCGCGGUUUGGCCGCGCUAUCGCGUAUCACAGCGCGUCGUGUGAUCUCCUUGCAGGAGGCAGUGGAUCCGAUGUUUUUCGACUGAACCUGGAUGAAGGACGAUUUAUGAUGCCGCUUGAUCUCAGCGAAGGCGGGGCAGACUUCGAAGGAGUGAACGCGAUCGACAUCAACCCUGCCCACCAGCUGUUCGCGUUUGGAACAUCCGGCAAUGGUACUGUCCAGUUCUGGGAUCCUCGUUCUCGGUCUCGUGUUGGCAUACUACGAAUACCGCUCUCCCAGUUGCUUCCAACAGGCGGAUUGGGGAGCACCGGAAUGGACACCGACCCCGCCGUUACUGCCCUGUCCUCUCGGAUGGAUGGGCUCAAUCUGGCGGUGGGCACAUCAUCUGGACACACAUUGCUCUACGAUCUCCGUUCAGAUAAGCCAUAUGCGAUGAAGGAUCAGGGCUAUGGACUACCGGUGCAAAGCGUGGCUUGGAUUGAGGGAGGACAUAAGAUGGCCAGCGAGAACUUGGUCGUGAGUGCUGAUAAAAAAGUGUUGAAGAUAUGGGAUCGCAAUACCCCUGGCACGAACUUCACCUCUGUUACCCCUGCGAACGAUAUCAACCACGUACAUCACCUCCCCGGCUCGGGCCUGUUGAUGCUCGCAAAUGAGGGCAUCCAAAUGACAACCCUGUAUAUUCCUCAACUAGGGCCUGCGCUCAAGUGGUGUUCCUUCCUAGACAACAUCACCGAAGAAAUGGAGGAACAGUCGACGCGGAACGUAUACGAGGACUUCAAAUUUGUUGAACGAUCGGAACUCUCUUCCCUUGGUCUAGACCAUCUUGUCGGUACUCCGGCGCUGAAGCCGUACAUGCAUGGAUACUUCGUCUCCGCUGAGCUGUACAGUACCGCGCGGUUGAUUGCGAACCCCUACGCGUAUGCAGAGCACCGGGAACGACUCGUCCAAGAGAAACUGGAAAAGUUGGCCGAUACGCGCAUCCGGGCGCGGAAGGACAUCCCAGGAGUGAAAGUGAACAAAUCGCUGGCAGAGAGAUUGCGAAAGAGCGAGGAGAAGGCGGCACGGAAGGCGAAGACGGAAGGUGGCAAGCCGGAGAAAGGGGAGUUGGCCAGUGACCCGAGGUUUAAGGAGCUGUUCGAGAAUCCUGAGUAUGAGAUCGAUGAGAACAGCCGCGAGUUCACACUUAUUAACCCGUCGACUGCGGCUCAGAAGGCGAAGUUCCGUCGUGAUGAAGACGAGAGCGAGUCAGAGGAAGAGGCUCCCGAGGACGGAGAUGAUGAUGUAGACAUGAGCGAGGAGAGCAGUGAAGAAGAUUAUCCUCCAGCCCGACAAAAAGAACAAAUCAAAGCCACCUCUACCAACCCCAUCGCCAAAACCUCAUCACGGCCCUCCUCUGGACGCCGACUCGUCUCGUCUUUCUCCCGCUUCGGCACUUCUCGCACAUCAGACACGGGCGCAACCCUCGGCCAGCUCCGGCGCACUUCCUCCUCUCACACCCCGAAGGCUCGUCAGGUUGUGAGCCGGGGUCCGGCUGUUUCGAACGCCCGCGCGACAGCCGACGGAGGGCUGGAGAUGUCCUUCAUCCCCUCUUCUUCUGGAGCAGAGAAGGGCGGAAGAGGGCAGCAACAUGGCAAAGCGAAGGGGAAGAAGCCCGAAAUGUUUGGUGCGGGGCUGCAGAAAGGCGCUGGUGAGGAGGAGGACAGGGACAUUGGACGCGGGGGUAGGACGAAGAGACGAACGGGUGUACGGAGUGGAAGUAAGAACUUUUUCAGGAGGAAUUAG